CUGCACACACCCUACUUCGUGUCCCUUGUAUCAGCCAAUAGAAACCACGGUCUACAGACCACCCAAUGGUAAUUGAGUGUCGCUGAGCGCGCUGCCAGUCACGCCGCGAGGGGGCGGGACUUCCUCCCAGAACUUGAAGCCGCGCAGGAAGGUCGGGCAGAGUGCUUGUGAUUUGAAAAUCCAUGUGGCGCCGGCUGAGCGUCCUGGCGACCCGGGCGGCCCGGGCGCCCCGCAGGCUGUGCGCACGCCGGAGCAGCGGCGCCGGGCCCUGGGCGCCCGGGAGCACCAUCUUCGCUCUCAGCUCCGGCCAAGGCCGCUGCGCCAUCGCCGUGAUCCGCACCAGCGGCCCGGCCAGCGGGCUCGCGCUCAGCAGCCUCACGGCGUCGCGGGAGCCACCUCCGGCCCGCAGCGCCUGCCUGCGCCUUCUCCGCCACCCGCGCUCCGGGGAGCCGCUGGACCGCGCGCUCGUCCUCUGGUUCCCAGGUGAGGGGCCGAUCCAGGAUCCCACAGCGCCAGUGACCCGGUCUCAGCCCCCUCCGGGCCUCCGCCCAGGCCAUGCCCAUUGUCUGACUCUGUUCUUUGCCGUACAAGGCCCCCAGAGUUUCACCGGUGAGGAUUGCGUGGAGUUGCACGUGCAUGGAGGUCCCGCGGUGGUCAGCGGAGUCCUGCAGGCGUUGGGUAGUGUGCCAGGACUACGGCCAGCUGAGGCCGGGGAGUUCACCAGGAGGGCGUUCGCCCACGGAAAGCUGAGCCUGACUGAGGUGGAGGGGCUGGCAGAUCUGAUCCAUGCAGAAACUGAGGCCCAGCGGCGGCAGGCCCUGAGGCAGCUGGAUGGGGAACUGGGCCAACUGUGCCGAGGCUGGGCCGAGACCCUCACCAAGGCUCUGGCCCAUGUAGAGGCCUAUAUUGACUUCGGAGAGGAUGACAAUUUGGAAGAGGAUGUGUUGGAGCAGGCAGACAAAGACGUUCGAGCCCUGGAGGCUGCACUGGGUUCCCACCUGCGAGAUGCCAGGCGUGGUCAGAGGCUCCGCUCAGGGGCGCACAUUGUGGUCACUGGACCCCCCAAUGCGGGGAAGAGCAGUCUGGUGAAUCUGCUCAGCCGGAAACCUGUGUCCAUCGUGUCCCCAGAGCCAGGGACCACCCGUGAUGUGCUGGAAACCUCUGUGGACCUCGCUGGGUUCCCUGUGUUGCUGAGUGACACCGCUGGACUGCGGGAAGGCGUGGGGGCCGUUGAGCAGGAGGGUGUACGCAGGGCCCACCAGAGGUUGGAGCAGGCUGACCUCAUCCUGGGGGUACUGGAUGCCUCCGACCUGGCCUCCCCCUCCAGCCGCAGCUUCCUGGACACUGUGGUGGCCCCAUUGGUGGCACAGAGCCCCGACAGCUGCGGACAGCGCCUACUGCUGCUGCUCAACAAAUCCGACCUGCUUCCCGCUAGCACCCCCGACGGCGCCACCGCCCUGCUAGGGGUGCCACACCUGCUGCUGUCCUGCCGCACCGGAGCAGGGCUUGAUGGCCUCCUGCAGGCCCUGAAGACCGAGCUGGCUGCGGUGUGCGGGGACCCGUCCACAGGACCACCGCUCCUGACCCGGGCUAGGCACCAGCACCACCUCCAGAGCUGCCUGGAUGCCCUGAGCCACUACCAGUUGGCGACAGACCUGGCCCUGGCGGCUGAGGCCCUGCGCCUAGCUCGGAGGCACCUGAGCCACCUCACAGGUGGAGGAGGCACCGAAGAGGUCCUGGACCUCAUCUUCCGGGACUUCUGUGUGGGCAAGUGAGGGCCAGAGCCUGGGCCUCAGGUUCCCACUAGAUAUUGAUUCAGGAUGGCAGGAGAGCACUGGGGGUCUGCAGCCCUCAGGUCUGUUCCCUCCACAGUGAGCAGAGAAACCGGCCAGGGAUCCCAGGAUAGCUACCCCAGGGUGCUGAGAUUAAGUCCUAUGUCACCAUGCCAAGAAUCUGUAGUGCUGGAGAUGAAACCCUUGUCUGUUAGGUGUUAAGCCACGCCCCCAGCCCCUCACUGGGGGAUGCUAGGCGGGGCUCCACCCUGAC